AUGUAUCAUCAACGCCAAAAGUCAUCCUCAUCAGCUCGGUCUGAUCUGUCGAAUCGCUCCUUCCUCUCUGCAUCGCCCUCUGCUAGUCACAGACCAAUCCCUUCUCUUCCUUCCCCAUCUGUUUACGGAGACUCGGUAUCUCCUGCCAAUACUCCUCACAAACGCAAUCGUUUCAAGACACUCUUUNUUACGCCUUCUAUUCGAGAUUCUGGCAUUUCGCUCAAUACACCGACCUCGGAUCCACGGUUUCCUAGUCCUCUGACACCGCCUUGCUUCCCUGUUCCUAGCAUACCGAUCGACGAAGAAACUCUGGUACAGAAGGAGCUAGACUUCUUGAUAGACGAGCUUGCUGCCCGCUACGAUUACCACAUCGACGGCAUCGACUAUAGUUCGUCCGACCGCUGUGAUUCGCCGACUUUCGGUGCUUCAUCUGCAACUAUGGCUUCAAGAUCUCCGUCAUCAAGCAUUCGUGGACACAAUGUACGGCGCAGUAGUUCUAGGACCGGAGGCUAUGCUUCGCCUCUACCAGGUGCAAGCCAUCUCAACUCGCCCGUGGAUCUCUCUGUCCACGAGCUUGCCACAACUUCGAGAUCAAACAAUGCCAGGAAACACAAUCCUCGUCCAAGACCUGCAAUCAACCCUUCUUCGCCUCUACUAGGUCUCCCACAAGUAUUCCGCCGUCUUGCAAUUACAGACCCCCACAUCAACGGCCAACCAAUCCGCUUUCUAUCUCAAGACUACGUGGCCGGUGCAAACAGUCUCCAAGUAGGCAGUUGCACGUUCAUGAAUCUGCCCUACGGCGCAGACGUCGAAUGUGGUCUUCGCGUGGAACCAACCUUCCCUCGCAAUGCUUCUGCUUCUAAAUCCCAAAUUGUGAUUUUGCAAAUCGUGCAGAGGGUUGUUAGGGUGAGGGAUGGAAGUAGCGUAUGGCUUGUAUGCUCUGAAGUCGACGUUUCGUCUUCGUUCACCAGAGAGGUGAGAGCAGAGUUGGCACUUGCAGCUUCUGCUUCUUCUUCAAGAACAAAUAAAGCAAAGCAAAAGCAAAGGGGCGAGGAAGACGAUAUCUGGACUUCCUUGGCUCACCAAUUGGAAACCGAUUCCUAUGCCCCCAGCACAACCCGUCUACCCACCCAUACCACCAGACCUUCAACUCCCCGCCCCAAUACCACUACACCAGCACUAUCAGAUCUACUGUCUCUCCUCACUGAAGUCCGUUUUCUGCACCGCCAAUUCUUUAUACUGCAGCCAAAGUUGUCAAAGACUGGAGACUUGAGCCUGGGUAUCCCAUACCUGUCCAGCAGUUUGCAUACUUCGUUGCUCUCGCUUCCAUCUCCAAAACUAGCGUGCAAAGACAAGAUGCAAGAGAAUACUCCUCAUGGCCAUGAUACUUCCAUCUACACAACAAACUUGCAUCACAAAACUCCUCUGUCCGUUUUCAUCAGCACCGCAUCUUCACAAGCGAAGAACUGGGUCGAGCCAUCUAUCCAAACCCCCACGAUCCUCAGAGAAGUCUUGAGUCUACCUUCAAUGGGUAGACACAAGGAAAGCAUGGAAGAAGAGCAGAUAGGAAUCUACGGCGUUCGAGUCGGAGAGUCUUGGGGAGAAGGCAGACAAGGCUUAGGUUGUUGGGUUUGUUUUCUGGUGCCCAAGGGUGUUGAGAAGGAGCUUUAG